CCUACUGUCAGGUACAUGUCAACCAAUCCAACCCUAUUGUCAGGUACUUGUCAACCAAUCCAACCCUACUGUCAGGUGCGACGGAUAGAAUAUAGAACAGCGGAUACCGGUGGAGAGAGUACCUGGAGCCUGGAGAGAAACUGCAGCUCCGACUGCAGGCCAUUUUGUGUGACCAUGGGAGGAAGAACUAAGAUAACAUACUGCUCCAGUUGUUGCAGACUUGAUGGCUUACCAGUUCUACAAAAUGAUAGUAAAAACAUGGAUGAAGGAUUGUUGAAGAAAAGAGACAACAGUCGAUGUAACAUUGACAAUGGAGCGCUAAAAAUGUACCCACAUUUUUCAUCAGUAGUUAUUAACAUAAUUUUAUUUCAAAUAUCUACAAUCUGCUGUCUCUGUAAAGUUCAUAAUUAAUAUGUGCUUAUUUCUUCUCAGAUAUAAACAUUUUAAGAAUGUAAAAUGCGGAAAAUGGAAGUCGUCUUCGACAAGUUUGGUAAUAACUUGCUGCUUUACUUAGCCGAGGCUGUUCGUUCUAAGUACGGUAAAAUACGACCUCUGUCGGCGAAAUAAAAAUGGAAAGUAAAAUUGGAUUAAGUGGCGACAUCUAUACUUAGGGUUGACAUCUAGUGGCAAAAGAAUAUAGAGUGCGGAGUCGGACAACGAAGCCAGACAAAGCACAGACAAAGUACAGACAAAGUACAGACAAAGUACAGACAAAGCACAGACAAAGUACAGAAAAAGUACAGACAAAGUACAGACAAAGUACGUCAUAAAUACAUCGUUGCUUUGUGUAAAAGGGAAAAUGAAAGAAGUUGUAAAUUCAUUAUUGACCAGUAUUCAUGACAAAAUUUGAAGUUUUCAAUAUUUUUUUGAAGGCAAAGUGAGAACCAGAAAACUCUGGAAUAGGAAGACGACUUUCAUUGUGUCCCAAUAAACAGGAUAAUUUAAUUAAAACUAAGCAGGAAAUAUGAUUAUACAAAUUCCCAGUUUACUGUAGAAAAAGAGCAUCGUUUUUAGGUCCGUUCUUACAUCACCAAGGUUUUCUUCUUAAGAUGUGAUCCUAAAAAAUCUUAACUAUCUAACAUGCAGCAAAAUUAGAUUUUCCAAAAUUUUGCUUUUAACCCUAUUCCUGCUGGGGGGGGGGUGUCAAGUUGACCCCCCCCCUCUAGAUUU